AUGUCGCUUAUGAAGCUGCCUCAUACACGCAUGUACAGGUCGCAGAGGUUCCGAGUCAGUCAAGUCGCCGACACCAUGACGAGAGACAGGUGGGAAGAAAUCAAGCAGUCGCUGCAUUUUAUUGACAACCAGGAAGCACCAGACCAGAAGGACCCCGAACGUGGCAGGCUUUACAAAGUGCGGCCCCUGUUGGACCACCUGAUCGCCAAAUGCCGCGAGAUACUAAAAUCUCAAAAGCUAUGCGUUGGUGAGCAGCUGGUGCCGUUCAAAGGCCGCUGCUCAUUGAAGCAGUAUUUGCCCAACAAGCCCAAAAAAUGGGGUUAUAAGCUUUUCCUUCUCUGCGAUGAACGCGGCAUAAUGAACAACUUUGAAGUUCACACAGGCAAAAUUUUUCCUCAGCAAGGUUUUCCCGACAUCGGCGCAAGUGGCAACAUCGUCCUGCGAAUGGCGAGUAUCGUGCCCCGCGGUCUAGACUACAUCUUGUAUUUUGACAACUGGUUUUGCGGCAUGGACUUGCAAGUAGUCCUCAAGAAGGUUGGAAUCAGUUCCGUAGGGACAGUACGCGAGGCUCGCCUAAAAGGAUGCAAACUUCCAUCCGACAAAGAUCUGAAGAAGAAAGGACGUGGCUCUUACGUGAAAAUGGCGACUACAUUGGAAGGGGUGAGCCUGAGGGCUGUCAAGUGGUUUGACAACCGCCCCGUGACUUCACUGUCUACGUUUGCUUCAGAUUCACCUGAGCAGGCCGUGAAGCGCUUUGACAAGAAGACUCGAACGACUGUGAGCAUACCCCGCCCUGCUAUUGUCGGCAUCUACAAUGAAUGCAUGGGAGGUGUUUAUCUUAUGGAAAUGCGUGUGGCACUCUACCGCAUCCACGUAAGGUCAAAAAAGUGGUACAGGAGUCUCUUUUUUCAUUUAUUAGAUGUAGUAGUUGUCAACUGCUGGCUCCUCUACCGCCGAGAUGCUAGCGCGGCUAACGUGCUUUGCUAG